AUGGUUUGUAUGGUUCAAAAACCCGACACGAAUACGAGUUGUCCGUUUGCCAAAAAGGAGAAUUCGAAUUCGGCUUCUUCUGGAGAUGGAGCGGCUCUUUUGGAGCUGAAUUCGGAAUCUGGAAAUCAAGAUGAUGUGGAAGCUGUGCCUUGUCAUCAAGCCAAAAAAUACAAAUGGACUUCUUUUCAACAAAGUGAGAAUUUUUUUAGACUUGAAAAAAUUUUAAGAAGCCAUUGCUCAUGUUAAAACAAUUUCUGAAAAAUCCGGAACUGAGCAAAAAAUACAAUUGCUCAUAUUAAAGUUGAAAAUGUGAAAAAGAAAGUAGAACAUUUUUCUCUUGAGCUCUGAAAUUCAAAAAAAAAUAUCAUUGCUCAUAUUAAAAAAUAUCAUUGCUCAUGUUAUAGUUAAAGUAACCCUGUUAAAGAAAAUAUAAUCUCUCUGAUUUAUUUUUCUUGACCUCGAGCUUGAGCUAAAAAAAUCCAAAAAAAAAUUGCUCAUAUUAAAAAAUACGAUUGCUCAUGUUAAAGUCCUUCCCCCCUUUAAACUUUUCCAAAAGACUAACCUAAUUCUCGUUUUUUUCCCAAAAACAGGCUUACUGUACUCUGGUCAAAAUUUCGGUUCACUUUUCAUGUUUGUUUGUGGUUGGCAAGCGGAUCGUCUCAAUGGGAAAUGGACGAUUUUGGUGGCGUUGAUUUUGAUUAUUAUCGCGAAUGCUCUACUUCCAACCGCUGCUGAUAUAUCGAUCGCUCUUGUUUUUUGUUUGAGGUACUGUAGUUUUUCUAGGGGUACUGUAAUUCUUAGAAACCUCGGGAGAUCUUUAGAACAUCCCAAACUAUUUUUUUUGCAGGUUUCUAACAGGCGUUGGUGACGCAUUAUUAUCUCCUUCCUCAUCAUCAAUGAUUACGAGAUGGUUUCCACCGAAAGAGAGACCAAGUGCACUUGGAAUUGUUACAGGAGGCCGGCAGAUAGGUAAGUCUAGAAGUUUUUUUUGACUGGAAAAUUCAGAAUUUUCGUAAAAAUUUGAGCUGGAAAGGUUUUAAAAGCCUCAGAAAGCCUAGAAAGCCUUCAAAAGCCUAUUAUAACUUUAAGGAAGCCCUAAAAAUUCUCUAGAAAGCUCUAAUUAGCUUUAAGAAUUUCCGGAAAGUUCUAAAAACCUUUAUGAAAUCUCAGAAAGCCCCUAGAAGCCUUAGAAAGCCCUACAAAGUCUUAAAGUUACCCAGAAAGCUCUAGAAAGCCCUUAAACCUUUCUCAAGCUCUAAAAUGCUUUAGAAAUCCUCUAGAGGCCUCAGAAACAAUUUUAAAGCCUUAUGAAGCCUUAGAAAGCCCCUAAGGGCCUUAGAAAACUCCUGAAACUCGGAAAUUCCAUUAUAAAACCUCUCAAAGUCUCAGAAAGCCUUAUAAUGCUCUAAAAUGCUUCAGAAAGACCCUAGAAGCGGUAGAAAGCUCUAGAAAACCUCAAGAGCAUUCUAAAACCAUACAAAAAAUCCAGAAAGCUCUCAAUAGCCUUAAAAAGCCCCUAAGAGCCCUUAGAAGCUCCCCAAGCCUAAAUCUACUUUCCAGGAACCCUAAUAAUCCUACCAGUUGGUGGAUAUCUAUGCAGCACUGAAAACACAUCAGCUUUUGGAGGAUGGCCAGCAAUCUUCUAUGUUUCCUCAAUCGUCGCCGCAAUUGUGCUCGUAAUCUGGCUCAUCUUCUCAGCUGACAAACCAUCCAAACAUUUGUGCAUUUCACAAAACGAAGAAGCUUAUAUUCAUCGAAAAGUCGAAGAGGAACACGUCGGAAAACGGAAGAAUCGUGCAAACACACCGUGGAAGAAAAUCUUGAAAUCAAAAUCGAUCUGGGUUUCUGUAGCUGCUCUCGUUUGCCAUGAAUUCCCCCUGGUUAUAAUGCUCCAAUUUCUCCCCAAAUUUUUCUCCGAUGUUUUGGGCUUAUCUAGCACAAUCAAUGGAUUGGUAUCCGCACUUCCGAUGGGCAUUUUAUUCCUCUCAAAAACAUUGAGCUCUUCCUUAGCUUCAUAUCUCACAGCACAUGGGAUUUUAGGGAAGACCCAAUCAUGUAAAAUCUUCAAUUUCAUCGCAUCACUUGGACUUGGCCUAUGUAUCGGAGCGACUCCUUUAAUGUCACAACUACAACACCCGGCAUUGGUGAUAUUUUUAUUGUGUUUGGCGAACUUGUUUGCUGGUUUGCAUACACCUGGAGUUCUAACGGCGUUGGUGCAAUUGGCGCCAGCUUAUUCGGGUGUGAUUACGGGAAUCGCGUUUACUGUGGCGGCUUGUUUUUCGAUUUUGAACAAGUUGUUGAUUGGACAGAUUUUGGUGUGAGUUUGGGAGUUGGGCGCGAAAAAGAAUUGAAUUUUUCAGAAUUUUUCUCUGAUUUUUAAUAUUGAUAUAAUAGAGUUUCAGAAUUUUUAGUGCUCAAAUUCAAAAAUCCACGUGGCAUAAUUUUUCAAAAUUUUUAAACUAGAGUCUAGUUUAACUAGGGUCUAGUUUAUAAGUUUUAAUCUUGUUGGUACUUCAAACUAGAGUAUAGUUUCUAGCUUUACCUACAGUCUAGUUCACAAUUUCAACUGAAGUUUAGUUCAUUUUUUUAACUAGAGUUUAGCUUAUACUUUCCCCUAGAAUCUAGUGCAUGCUAGUAACUAUAGUCUAGUUUAUACGUUUGACUAAAACCUACAUUAGACGCUUAACUAGAGUCUACUUUAUACAAAUAACUGGAGUCGGGAAUAUUUCUUUAACUAGAGUUUAGUUUAUAUUUGAAAAAUCAGAACUUUUCAAAAAUCUUCUAUAGGAACUAGAAUCUAGUUUGAACCCCCUACAAAGCCUCGCUUCAAAAUUCAAAAAUUCAAGUGGCAUAAUUUUCCAAAAUUUUAGAACUAGAGUCUAGCCUAUAAUUUUAAUCACAGUUUUGUUCCUACUGUUAACUAGAGUCUAGUUUAUACUUUUAACUAGAGUUUAGUUCAUACUUGAAAACGAUUAGCAUUUCUCAAGAUUCAUUUCUGGAAAUUCUGGAUUCUGGAAAAUUCUAGAAACUUCUGGAAAAUUUGGAAACUAGAAUUUGAUAAUAAGUUUAUGAAUCAUUGAGAAGCUUUAAAAAAAUCAAUAUUUUUUGCAGAACUGGCUCAAAACGAGAAUGGACAAUAGUCUUCGAAAUAUCCGCAAUCGUAGCAAUUAUACCUACCGUAUUCUUCACAAUUUGGGGUUCAGCAGAACGUGUCGAAUGGGCGACAAGUCAAUCGAGUACACCAAAAGAUGCGGAUCAGAAAUCGCAAGAUUCGGCAACGUCGACAUCUUCAGUUGUACAAGUUAUUGCCAAAAAUUUCAUGUUUCUCUCUCAUGAUCUCACACAUUCCGCUUGA